AUUGUAAUUCGCAUCACGUGAUCGAAGUUAAUGCAUAAUGUAGCACCUGUCAUUCAAACCUUUAAAGUAAUGGCUUCCGAAAAUUGACCAAUUUGUUGUUCAAACUUAUUUUCAAGUAUACAAGAUGAUUUUUAAGCUCGUUACUUUAGCAAUUUUGAAUUUCAUUUUCUUGUUAACAUGUGUCCAGUUUGCACGAUGGAGAAAGCUGGUCUUGUUACUUUUUUCUUGCUAUUCGGAGUAGUUUUUUCAGAUAUUACCACAGAAGUAAACUUGAUUUCAAAUAUUCUGACGUCUACAGAAAAACCUUCAUCGGUUGUGGCUAUAACUUGUUGGCCCUCCUACAAAAAAGUGCAACUGUAUUCGACGUUGGCAGCAAAAAAUAUGAUUGAAUUUAUAGAACCAGGUGACAUAUCUAAAAAUUUAGAACAGAUGCACCAUGUCGUAUUUGUGGCUGAUCUUAGUUGUCCUAAUACUUUGAAAUCAAUUAAAAUGUUCAAUGAGGAGAAAAUGUUUGCAGCGCCUUUUCGUUGGAUACUGAUUGGACUGAAUGCAAGUGAUUCUGAAAAAGAAAUUAUUCUACCAGAAGUUUUCGAUAAUGUUAAUUUUUUAGUUGAUUCUGAAAUAAUACUUUUGCAACGGCUCCAUGAUAUGUCCUACGCGAUAUAUUACGUUUAUAAAAUAAGAGCAGAGAAUUCUUGGAAAACAGAGUCAUAUGGCUUUUGGAAUGGCAGUCAAGGAUUUCAAGAAAGUGAUGACUUUAUCAAAAUAACCGCUCUACGAAGACGCAAUUUAGAAAAAUAUGAAAUUACAAUUUGUUAUGUUUUGACUGAUUAUGAUAGCAUCAAUCAUUUAACGGAUGAAGUGAACGACCAUAUAGACACCAUAACAAAGGUAAACUUCCCAACAACGAAUCAGCUGCUAGAUUUUCUGAAUGCUGGUAGGAAGUAUAUUUUCACUGACACUUGGGGCUAUCGUCGCAAUAACUCCUGGAGUGGCAUGACUGGAUACUUGGUGAGAGAAGAGGUUGAGAUCGGAGGAUCACCUAUGUUCUUCACCUCCGAACGCCUAUCAGUAGUGGAAUACAUCUCAAGCCCAACACCCACGAGAUCUAAGUUUGUGUUUCAACAACCCAAACUUUCGUAUGAAAACAAUUUGUUUUUGCUUUCAUUCAAAUUUUCCUUGUGGGUUGGCUCUAGUGUAUUAAUACUUCUUGUUUAUUUGGUGCUCUGUAUUGUAGCAUUUUGGGAAUGGAGACAAUCAAGACAUCGUGUAUCACGUAUUAAUGACGCGGGUAUUUUGAGACCUAACUUGAUUGAUGUGGGGAUGUUUAUCUUUGGCACUACAUGUCAACAAGGGAGCACUGUUGAACUCAAAGGUUCCUUGGGACGAAUGGUGUUGAUCUUUCUAUUCGUGGCCGUGACUUUCUUAUACACGUCGUACUCCGCCAAUAUAGUAGCUCUGUUACAGUCGAGCUCGUCGCAAAUCAAGACAUUAGAGGAUUUGUUACAUUCACGGAUUAAAUUUGGAGUGCACGACACAGUAUUCAAUAGAUAUUACUUUACGACGGAAACUGAGCCAGUGCGAAGAGCUAUUUAUGAAACCAAAGUGGCUCCACCUGGUACUACUCCGCGUUUCAUGACCAUGGAAAAUGGCGUCAGAGAAAUUCAAAAGGGGCUGUUCGCGUUUCACAUGGAAACUGGCGUGGGCUACAAAUUUGUUGGGAAAUAUUUCGAAGAGGGUGAAAAGUGCGGCCUCAAGGAAAUACAAUAUUUGCGUGUCAUCGACCCGUGGUUGGCGGUCAGGAAAAAUACGCCAUUUAUGGAAAUGUUCAAAAUUGGGACAAAACGUUUGCAAGAACAUGGGCUGCAGCAACGGGAAAAUCAUCUGCUAUACGAAAAGCGACCUAGAUGCUCGGGGAGACAGGCUAAUUUUGUAUCCGUCAGCAUGGUCGAUUGUUAUCCAGCUCUGUUGAUUCUUUCGUAUGGAGCUUUAAUAGCUCUGAUUAUAGCUUUGCUAGAAAUCCUUUACCAUAGACGAUAUGAAAUAGUACAUAAGUUUGAACAUGGCGCUUCACACCGAUUUAAUUAAUUUUCGAUGUAAUAUUUGGGUUUAAUUAAAUUUCCUUAAUCAAUGCAUAUCACUACAUAGUAUAAAACAAAGUCGCUUUCUUUGUCCCUAUGUCCAUAAAUUUACUUAAAUCUUUAAAACAACGCAACGGAUUUUGAUGCGAUUUUUUUAAUAGGUAGAGUGAUUGAAGAAGAAGGUUUAUAAGUAUAACUAGCGAACCGCCCCGGUUUCGCACGGGUGCAAUGCUGAUACUAAAUACACUACAGAAAAACUGUGAAAGUUGUGAGUUUAAAAAACAUAGUGGCCUGCUCCGGCUUCGCACACUAAUAUUAUAAAGGCGAAAGUUUGUGUGUAUGUUUGUUCCUCGAUGCGGCUACUGAAAUGAAAUGCUAAGCGAUUUGGCUGAAAUUUGGAAUGGAAAUAGAUUUCACUCUGGAUUAACACACAGGCUAGGCACUUUUCAUCCCGGAAAAUCCAUGUUUCCCGUGAAAUUUGUGUCCGUCCGCUAGUGUAUGAUAAAGGCUAUUUAUUCUUCAUUCCGGAAAAAUCCAUUGUGCCCACGGGAUUUGUGAAAAAAGAUCUACGGCAGAAACGGAAACUUUUACGCGUAUAAAAUCGCGGUCAUCUACUAUUUAAAUGGUAAAAGAUGUGUAGCCUUAUUCUAGCUUUAAAGCUACUAUUAGAGAUAGAAUAGGUAACAGUGGCGAAGAAUGGAAUUUUGAUAAAGGUAAGCCGUCCCAAAUAAAAAGAAAUUCUUACCGAUUGAUACAAACUCCGGUUUUCUCAUACAUUCAUACAUAUAUAUUAAUUAUUGUAAUGUAUUGUAGUGUAUGUAUGGAUUUUAAAAGGUAACCCGGCGAGAAUCGGCCUGUUUGGACUCUUCGCCGCUAAAAUAGGCAAAGGUAGGUUCACAAAUUCCUCAGGAAAAUUUUGUUAGCCCCAUUUCUUGGUCUUUUAUAAUUAGAACCUUCAAAGUUUGCUGCAAACUGUAAAAGGCAUUUGCUUUCCUCGGUCAAUUACGUAUACCUACGAUUACAUAAUUUGUUUUUUUCAGUUUUAUUAAAAGUAACUAAAUGGAACGUAAUCGACCUUCGCAAAGUUAAUUAUUUUCUAAAAAUAUAACGAUUGCUAAUUUAUAAGAUUAUGUCUUGGUAAUUACAUUUAUUUUCGGAUUAACUCUUCAGCAGU